CUCAUCUUUGAAGGCGAUCAUCUUCUAUCAGCGUUUGCAACCUUUUUGGGAAGACGACCUCAACUGGGUCGAAUUCUCAAAACAGCGACAGAAUGUCACGGCAAGCACCUCUUGUCAUCGACAAUGGUACGGGUUAUACCAAGAUGGGAUUCGCAGGCAACUCUGAGCCGUCCUUCGUAUUCCCUACCGUCAUUGCGACUCACCAAUCCGCAUCGUCCACUUCAUCCUCAACGGGUGGAUCAGGAUCUGCAAGGGCUCCGCCUCCCGUAGCUUCUAAACCUGGGCAUCUCGCCAGUAAGAGAGGGAUUGAGGAUCUAGACUUUUUCAUUGGAGACGAAGCUGUGGCUAAUUCAAAAACCUAUUCCCUGCACUACCCCAUCCGACAUGGUCAAAUUGAAAACUGGGAUCACAUGGAGAGAUUCUGGGAGCAGUGUAUCUUCAAGUAUCUCAGAGCAGAGCCAGAGGAUCACUACGUGCUCUUGACUGAACCGCCCUUGAACCCACCUGAGAAUCGAGAAAACACGGCUGAAAUCAUGUUCGAAUCCUUCAACGUGCAGGGAUUGUACAUUGCCGUCCAGGCUGUGCUGGCCUUGGCGGCCUCUUGGACUUCGUCAAAAGUUUCCGAGCGGACCUUAACGGGAGUGGUUAUCGACUCGGGAGACGGAGUGACCCACACUAUUCCGGUCGCCGAAGGAUACGUCAUUGGAUCAUCUAUCAAGGCCAUCCCUAUUGCCGGUCGAGAUAUCACCUACUUUGUCCAGCAGCUGCUUCGUGAUAGAGGCGAGAGUGGAGCCAUUCCCCCGGAGGACCAAUUGAAGGUCGCUGAAAAGAUCAAGGAAGACUACACAUAUGUCUGCCAGGAUAUCGUCAAAGAGUUCAAAAAGUACGAUUCGGAUCCCUACAAGUACUUUGCGAGAUUCUCCGGCGAGCACAGUGUGACGGGAAGGAAAUACGACUUGGACAUUGGAUACGAGCGAUUCCUUGCCCCCGAAAUCUUCUUCAACCCUGAAAUUUACUCGUCCGAUUUUUUGACCCCUCUACCCGAAGUUGUGGACAAUGUCAUUCAGACUUCGCCGAUCGAUGUCAGAAGAGGGCUGUACAAGAACAUAGUGUUGUCAGGAGGAUCCACCAUGUUCAAGGACUUCGGUAGGAGAUUGCAGAGGGAUGUCAAGGCCAUCGUGGAUGGUCGAAUUGCGGGCAGUGAGGUCAAGAGUGGAGGGCACAUGAAGUCGAGCGGUCUUGAAGUCAAUGUUAUCUCUCACAAAAGACAGCGAUAUGCAGUAUGGUAUGGUGGAUCUUUGAUGGCAUCUACGCCUGAAUUCUACAAUGUCUCGCACAGCAGAGUAGACUAUGAGGAGUAUGGACCUUCGUUGGUCAGGCGGUUCUCUGUCUUCGGAUCUGCUACGUAGAGCAAUGGGAAACAGGAGGGAGAUUGGGUGGAAAUCGAGAAGGGGGUCUCUGUCCAGAAGCGAGGAAUGCUUGAUGAAUGAUAUUUUGG